AUGUCUUUGACCAACAACGACUUCCGGCAGCUGCUCAACGAGGCCGACGCUUCUGUCUUGGCCAGCACGAAACAGCACAGAAAGAAGCAGCAGCAGCAGAGAACUCCGGGCCAAAUCAGCGAAGCACAAAUACGCAGAAGAGAAAGGUACAAGGAAAUUCUAAAGAGGAAACAACUCCGAGCCCAAAAGGAUGAAGGAGACAACAAAGGAAAUGCUUAUCGAGACCGCGCGGAGGAGCGGCGGAAGCAAAAGGAGAGCUUCUACGCCCACGUGGCGGACGAGCUGGCGGAGCUGAAGGAGAGGACUGUUGAGGAGUCGAAGUUUCUCGGAGGAGAUGUGGACCACACUCACUUGGUGAAAGGUCUUGACGUUGUGCUGCUGAACAAAGUGCGGGCGGAGCUGAGCAAGGAGCAGCAGCGGCAAGCAGCAGCAGCAGCAGCAGCAGGCUCGCCAGCAGCAGACGGCCAGCAGCAGCAGCAGCAGCAGCAGCGCAGACCCUUAGCAGCAAACCCUAAUCUCAGAAAAGCCCUCCAGCUGCUGCUUAAUGGACUUCACCCCCACGCAGUCAGAUUUGCUGAAAAACUCAAACACAUGGAACUCCGACUCCUCGCGGGUCUCUCUUUAGCUGCUUCUCCUUCAAAAGUUAAUUUCGGGGGCGGCUGCUUAGCCUACUGCUAUGCUGUGGGUCCUGCUGCUGCUGCUGCUGCUGCUGCUGCUGCUACUGGUGGCUACCUGCCCACGCUGUUGCGCCGCAGCGCGCUGCUCUCGGACAGCAGCGACAGCAGCAGCAGCAGCAGCAGCAAAUGCCAGCCUGCCCCUGUGCAGUCGAAGGUUCUAAGGGAACUCACGGAGGCGCUGGCAUGGCACAGAGAGAACCGGAAGAAGAAAAAAGAAGACAGAUUGCCCAAAAGGCCAACGGGAAAAGCUGCAGAGGAAAAUGGGCGGACGGAUCAGCCAGAAGCAGACAUUUUUUCGGGAGUUGGCGCCUUCGAUGCGUCUUCGAUUCUGGCGGAAGCAGCAGCAGCAAAAAGAACAGAAGAAGAAAACAAAGCAGCUGAUUGGAUUCGGGAAGAAGGAGAAAUGGAACUUGAAGAUGACCAGACAA